GACUGCGCCUGCCUCAAGGUGAAGGGGCGGACCGUCACGCUGUACAGGGAGCACGGCCUGCCCCGCCCCGCUGCCAGCUUCCGGGAGGAGGAGGAGCAGCCGGACACCUCCGGACCCCUGCCCACCGGCCUGGGGAGCAGCGCAGGAGGGGGAGGCACUGCUGCCUCCACCACCGCCACCACCACCGGAACCACUACAAGCAGCAGCAGCAGCACCCCUGCCGCCGACGCUGCUCCCAGCAGCAGGGAUGCGCCUGAUGCUGCUGCUGCUUCCGCCGCAGGGGGACAACAGCAGCAGCAGCAGCAGGACCAGGAGGCGGUUUCGGAGGGGCGGGAAGGCAGCAGCAGCAGCGGUGAGUUGUCAGGCAAGGG